AUGGCGCAAUACCAGAAUGGCGGUGCUGAGAUGGGAGGGCUUAACCCUAUGGCGGGCCUCCCCAUGAAUCCGGAGCCCUCGAGCAUGCACGGUAUGCCCAUGGACGAUGUGAUGCAGCAAAUGGACCUGGAUCUGUCGUCGCUCGACGGAGCCGAGGGCACAAACGGCGGCUUCUCUUUCGCGGAUCCACAGAUGCAGAACGUACCACCCAACAGCACCACGGGCAGCGAGAUGCAACUGACGGGUGCAGGCGCAGGGCCGCUGCCCACGGGCUUUGGCGCUCCCAAUAUGAACCCUUCUGGCAGCACCCUGACCGAGUUUACCAAGCGGCGGAACUGGUCGCAGCGCGUGCUGGAAGAGCUGCGCGACCUCCUGCACAUCCUGACGCCUGACGGGAGGGUGCUCUACGUAUCGCCUUCGUGCAAGGUGCUGACGGGAUGGGAGCCGUCAAACGUCAUGGGCCGCUUCAUUAAUGAGUUCAUCCACCCCGACGAUAUUGGCAUCUUUGUCAAGGAAUUUAACGAGUCGAUUGCGUCGGGCAACCCGCUGCGCUUCUUCUACCGCUUCCGCAAGACGGACGACUCGUGGAUCAUCUUCGAGUCGCAUGGCCACCCCCAUCUCAGCAGCGAUACCAACUCGUUCGCCCCUCCCAACUCGAUCAACUGUCGCGGCUUCUUCAUGAUGGCCCGCCCCUACCCGACCAAGAACGCCGCCCUCCUCGACUCCUUCCUCGAACACAAGAUUGAGAACGAGCGGCUGAUGAAGCGCAUAGCCGAGCUUAAGCGCGAGGAGCAGGAUGAACAGGACGACUGGAACAAGAAGACGGAGGAAGUGGGCACAUCUAUGACUCCCUCAGAGUCACAUGUAACGCAGAACAUGAGCCAGGCGGAUGCCGUUUCCUAUGCGCAGAUGCCCCCACCUGCGAAGCCCGUCAUAUCCAAUACCGCCCUCACACGCCAAAAUCUCGACGAAGCCCUCGCCGCAAGCAAGCCCGACAGUAUCAAUGACAAAAUGGCUCGAUACGAGGGCGCUAACCAUCUCGAGACAAUUGAAAUGUUGACAGGUCUCCGCUAUCGAGACGGUGAGCGAUCACAAGGUAUCAGUACAGGUGAUGCGAGUCCCAAUCUCAUACGCGGCGACGCAGGCAUUCAGAUAUCCAUGGACCGCGACGGCAGGAAUUCCUCCGACAAGAAGAAGAAGCUCAAAAUCGCCGAUGAAUACGUAUGUACCGACUGCGGUACCUUGGAUUCGCCAGAAUGGCGUAAAGGCCCGAAUGGGCCCAAGACGCUAUGUAAUGCAUGCGGAUUGCGCUGGGCGAAGAAGGAAAAGAAGAAGCAGCAAGGCCCAUCCCCCAGUAUGCUCAGCGGAAGCAGUAUGAUGCACACGCCACCAAUGCCCAUGCAAAACAGCACCGGCAGCAGCUGA